CAAAUAUCAAUUGCAAUUUGCAAUUCAAUUCAUUUCUAACGCAUUGAGAAUCGCAUGUAUUUUAACACAAAUAUUGUCCAUAAUAUACGACAAUAUAAUAGACAGUGAAUACCACUCACAACACAUGCACUGCAAUGCCAUUCAAACUAAGCCCACGUUUACGUCAUUUACGGCGAUAUUUAUUAUUUUGAUCCAAAAUCACAACAAUUAGUAAAUGAAUAACAAUUGAAUUGCAAUGAGUUUUAUAUCUUUAUUUCGUCACCAAAAGCGGUUCCUUAACUACAAAGUGGUAUAUAAGGGACCCUUUGAUUACAAGAGAGACCACACGAAAGCAUACAAAUACCCCUUCGGUAUCAACAAGUCUGCCAUCGAGGAAGAGAUGAACCAAAUCAACGAAUUGAGACAACACGAGCUCAAACAGGUGUCGCCUUUCCAUCUGGUCUGGAGGCACAAAGACAUCUACGACAUGGCCUGGCACGAGAGGUAUGUGUUGUCUCACUUGGGUUUGCAUCAGAAGGAGCCCAACCUUCGGGUCGUUUUGCCCAAUACUCCGCAUUUCAAUGACCUGUUGUGGAAAGUGAAGCACUUGAUCCAACUCAUGCCCAUCGCGUUCCCCGACGGAGUGCCCACCGAUCGAGACGUGGGAUCCGUUAAACUCAACACUAAUACCGGUGUAAUGAAUGUCAAUCCCAACUAUAAGGUGUCCAACGAAAGGCUCGAUUCGGCCAAAAGUCACGACAUCUUCUACGGCCGAUACCUUCGCGAGUAUCUCAAGUGGAGUAGCGGUCUGUUUGGCAAAUCAUUGCCCGUCUCUCCGGUCAUCGAUUUGGACGGAACUCAUAUCGAAAAGUAUAAGCGGAAGAUGCAAAACGCCCACAAACACAGACAUCACUUCUACAACAACUGAUCCAAUCUUUAAUUAUCGAUAAUACCAUUAAAUUUACAUUUAUUUAAAUUCAAAG